AUGGUAAAACUUUUAUUUGUUUUAGCACUAAUUUCAGUGUCUACUACAGCUUAUUACAUCAAUGUGCUAAACGACAAUUUCAAUGACUUAAGCAACUGAAUUGAAAAUGUUAUGCCUGGUGCUGAUUCUGGCAAUAAUGAAUGGGAAUAUUAUACAGAUAGUUCAGACAAUGUUUUCAUAACUCAAGUCAACGGGCAAAAUGCAUUAGUUCUUAGAGCUCUUCAGCAAAAUUAUCAAGGUUAUAGUUAUACUUCUGGAAAAGUAAGUUCAGCCAGACCAUGGGGUCCAUAUGGGUUUUUUAACAUAAAAGCAAUUGUUCCAAAAGGAAAUGGCUUAUGGCCUGCAAUCUGGCUUCUCCCACCAGGUGGAAACAGCGUUUAUGGAGGCUGGGCCGCUUGCGGAGAAAUUGAUAUUAUGGAGACUGUUUGUGCUGGUACAGAUGGAUAUUCAACUUUGCAUUUCGGAGGUCAAUGGCCAAACAAUGUUCAGUACCCAAAUCCUCCAAAUAAUCAAUACCCUUUUACAGCUGAUUGGAAUAAUGCUCACUGGUAUGGAGUUGAUUGGCAGCCAAACUACAUCAAUUUCUGGUAUGAUGCUCAAGUAGUAAAUGGACAAAUAACUGGAGGAACCUUAAUAAAUAGCAUUUCAUCAAGCAAUUGGUAUUCUCAAAACUCAAAUGGCCAAAGAUACCCAGGAAAUGCACCUUUUAAUCAACCAUUCAGCAUAAUUCUGAAUUUGGCAAUAGGAGGAAGUUGGCCUUGCUCAGUUCCUGGAUGUUGUAACAAUGUAGCUGUUCCUGCUCAAUUAACCAUUUUUAAUGUGCAGAUUUGGGAAGUUGCUCAAUCUGAAGAUCAACUUUAA